UAAGAAUGGGAGAGAUGGCUAGCAAAGGUGAGAUGUGGGAACGCUACGAUUACAUUCUCUGCAUGCUCUUUCUAUAAAUAGAAGGGGGCAUGAAGGGUUGGAUUUUGUGAAGGGAGAGAGACAGAGAAAGAGAUGGCAAGUCAGCAACAACAACAUCAUGAGCAAGCUAUUAGCAGGGACCCUCCAUCAUGGAGAGGUAGCAAUCGUAUUGCUUCCAUUGAAUUAGAUAUGACAACAACAAGUGCAAUAUCUCAUCAUGAACAAGAGGAUCCCAAGCAUCAGAAACCCGGAUGGAGAAAGUUCCUCUCCUAUGUAGGCCCAGGCUUUCUAGUGUCCAUCGCAUAUCUGGACCCCGGCAAUUUGGAAACGGAUAUGCAGGCCGGUGCUAGUUAUCAGUAUGAGCUUUUGUGGGUGAUUCUCAUCGGAUUGAUCUUCGCCCUUAUAAUUCAAUCACUGGCAGCCAAUCUCGGCGUAUCUACUGGGAAUCAUCUCGCCGAGCUUUGUAAGGCAGAGUACCCCAAGUACGUGAAAUAUUGCCUGUGGUUGCUGGCAGAGGUAGCUGUCAUUGCUGCUGACAUACCUGAAGUGAUAGGAACGGCGUUUGCUCUGAAUAUACUCUUUCAUAUUCCUGUUUGGGGAGGAGUUUUGAUAACUGGAUUGAGUACACUGCUGCUUCUUGGGUUGCAGAGAUAUGGGAUUCGGAAAUUAGAGCUCUUGAUAACAAUUCUAGUAUUCAUCAUGGCUGGGUGUUUUUUUGGGGAAAUGGCUUAUGUAAAGCCCCCUGCAUCCGAGGUGUUGAAGGGGAUGUUCGUACCAAAGCUCAAUGGUAGUGGGGCGACUGGAGCUGCUAUUGCUCUUCUGGGUGCCCUCGUCAUGCCUCAUAAUCUUUUCUUGCAUUCUGCUCUCGUCCUCUCAAGAAAGAUACCUCAAUCAGUUCAAGGAAUCAAUAGGGCAUGCAGGUACUUCCUUAUAGAGAGUGCUUUUGCUCUCUUCAUAGCAUUUCUUAUCAAUGUGGCCAUCGUCUCUGUUUCUGGCGCCGUAUGUUCUGCGGAAAAUCUCUCUCAAGAUAACUCUGAUAAGUGUAAUAACCUCACUCUGAAUUCCGCAUCCUUCUUACUCAAGAAUGUGUUAGGCAAAUCAAGCUCCACGAUAUAUGCGAUUGCGCUAUUUGCUUCAGGGCAAAGUUCAACAAUUACCGGAACUUAUGCGGGCCAAUAUAUCAUGCAAGGCUUCUUGGAUCUCAAGAUGAAAAAAUGGACAAGGAACCUUAUGACCCGGUGCAUUGCGAUUACUCCUAGCUUGGUUGUUUCCAUCAUCAGUGGCCCGUCUGGCGCCGCCAAACUCAUCAUCAUAGCCUCGAUGAUACUAUCAUUUGAGCUUCCAUUUGCACUUAUCCCUCUUCUCAAGUUCAGCAGCAGCAAAACAAAGAUGGGACCCCACAAGAACUCAAUCUAUAUCAUCGUGAUUUCAUGGCUACUUGGAGCAGGCAUCAUCGGUAUCAACAUAUACUAUCUCAGCACGGGUUUUGUAGGCUGGCUCAUCCAUAACGAUCUGCCUAAGGUGGCCAAUGUUUUCGUCGGCAUCAUCGUCUUCCCUCUCAUGGCCAUCUACAUCUUAUUUGUCAUCUACUUAACCUUUAGAAAGGAUAGAGCAGUUACGUUCAUAGAUACGGCCAAGAUCAGCGAUACGGAUCAGGCGCAAAUGGAAAAAGGUGUCAACGAUGCUAGCAAUAUUGAUCAUGGAAUGGAUGAUGUACCUUAUAGAGAGGACCUGGCCCACAUCCCACUUCCACAAUAAAAAUGCGACCACUCUUCCACGUGGGGCACAGAAGGAUCAAGGGAAGAUAUGGGCUUGUUUUAAGAGGAUUCUGAGGACGAAAUUGCCAUCUUUUGCAAUGUUUGUACUGACUAGUUAUGGGUCAAUGUAAAAUAACAGUCCCUUGUUUGUGAUCAAGGCAAGGUAUAUAUAGAUUUUUCUUUUUUUCUUUUUAGAACCAUGGGCUAUAGUUACAUGCAUACAUGUCAAAUGAUCACACAUACAUGUCGACUUGGACAUUUAUCGAACCAUCAGAUCAUCAGCUGUAUAUUGAUCUUCAUGGUCUGGCCCACUUCUUUCAUGUCUUGUAUGUCCUGCAAAAGUUGAAUGUAGUGGGAAGGUGGGGUUGUAUGUGGAAAGUUCAGAUGCACCACCCUUAUGUAAUCUUCUUCUUCUUCUU